CGCAUCAGCGAACGGGAGGUACCAGGUUUCCCACCGCACUUCCGCAGGGUCCGCCGUCCGCGAAAGCCUGAUCACCGCCGCGCGGCGCUGCAGAACCCUAGACCCCCCAACCGACCCACCGCCCCUUCUCGUCGACAUGGCCGACGCCCCCGACCAGCCCCCCUACGGCGACGAGCACCGGACGGAAGGCGGCCCCCGACGCACCUACACGCCGUACAAGACGGAGGGUCUCAGCGCCCUCUCGCCCCGCGCGCUCUACGACUUGCCGACCUCGCCGGAGCUGCUGUUCCACGAGGAGCAGCGCAAGGGCCGCACCUGGGGCGAGAACCUCACCUUGUACACCGGCUGCGGCUACCUCGCUGGCUGCACGUCCGGGGCGGCCGUCGGGCUGCGCCGCGCCGCGGCCGAGUCCCAGCGCGGCGAGUCCGCCAAGCUCCGCGCCAGCCGCGCGCUCACCCAGUGCGGCGCCGUCGGCCGCGCGUACGGGAUCCGGCUCGGCAUCAUCGGCCUGCUCUUCGCGGGGGUCGAGAGUGGCGCAUCCGGGCUCCGCGGCGCCGAAGACUGGAAGAACACCGUCGCUGCCGGGCUUGGGGCUGGCUUGCUCUAUCGGGCGGCGGCCGGUCCGCGCUCUGCGGUCAUUGGUUGCGUCGUCGGAGGACUCAUGGCCGGAGCAGCCGUCGCCGGGAAUCAAGUUCUCGAGAGAUACGUGCCUGAUCUGGCUUUAUAAACCACAACCACAACGCUGCUUAGCAAGCAUUGCUAGGUUUAAAUCUGGCGUUUUCAGGCUACUUGUAAUAAUUAGUUUAGUUCUACGCUUAUGGCAUCUGUACAAAUUUCAAACCUCUGUCCUUAAUUAGCUAAUGGUGCUGUUUACUUAUGGAUAUGUAUCCAAAAUCGAAUUGAGAAUGGUUGAAUUAAUGGUGCUUUGAUGCUUCUAUAUAUGACAUAUCUAAUCAUUGUUUACGUAA